AUGCCAAUUGCAGUUGUCGGCCUUGGAUUCCGUGGCCCUGGAGACGCAACAGAUGUGGAAAGUCUCUACCGCAUGAUCCUUGAAGCGCGAGAAGCCUGGAGUCCUGUGCCGAAAUCCAAAUGGAAUAAUGACGCAUUCUAUCACCCAGAGGCAAAUCAUAACGGGACGUCAAAUGUGCAAGCUGGUCAUUAUUUUACCGGAGAUCUGUCGCGAUUCGAUGCUCCGUUCUUUAAUAUGACACACACUGAAGCAGAGGCCCUGGAUCCACAGCAGCGGCUUUUGCUAGAGUGCUGCUAUGAAGGCCUUGAAAAUGCGGGGAUUCCCUUGGGAAAAGCUGCCGGAAGCAAUACUGCCGUAUUUGUAGGUUCUUUUUGUGGGGACUACACGGACGUCUUGCUUCGCGAUCCAGAUGCCAUGCCUCUAUAUCAAGCCACGAGCAGUGGUCAUUCACGCGCAAUCAUAUCCAACCGGUUGUCCUAUUUCUUUGACUUUCGGGGUCCGAGUGCGACCAUUGAUACUGCAUGCUCCGCAAGCUUGGUUGCCCUCCACAUGGCAUGUCAGAGCUUGCGGACAGGUGAAUCAGAACAGGCGGUGGUGGCUGGGGCCAAUGUUAUCCUAAGUCACGAGAUAACCAUCGGCAUGUCCCGAAUGAGAUUUCUUUCUCCAGAUGGAAGAUGUUAUGCGUUUGAUGAACGUGCAAAUGGGUACGCCCGGGGUGAGGGAGUUGGAUGUGUCAUAUUGAAGCCACUUGAUUCUGCCCUGCGCGAUGGGGACCCAAUCCGGGCGAUCAUUCGGAACACUCGCGUGAACCAGGACGGAAAAACGCCGGGUAUCACUUUUCCCAAUCGCCAGGCUCAGGAAGAAUUGAUACGUCAUGUUUAUGAGGCAGCAGGCCUGAAUCCGCUUGAGACAAGCUAUGUUGAAUGUCAUGGGACAGGAACGCCAACAGGUGACCCUCUAGAAGUUGGAGCCAUUGCCAGCGUGUUCUGCCCAGGUCGGUCCCCAGAGUGGCCACUAAUUAUCGGCUCUGUGAAAACAAAUAUUGGGCAUCUGGAAGGGGCCAGUGGUGUGGCUGGGUUGAUCAAACUCGUUCUCAUGCUGGAGGGUAAAAUCAUUCUCCCCAAUCGCAACUUUAACAUGCCGAACAAACGGAUUCCGUUCAAUGAUUGGAAUCUGAAGAUCGCCACCGCACCCGAGCAUUGGGAAACAGAAGGAGGUAUACGUCGGGCAUCUGUCAACAGCUUUGGGUAUGGAGGAACAAACGCCCAUGCCAUUGUUGACGAAGCAGAAGGAUAUUUGUGCCGGAAUGAGAUAACCGCUCUGAAUGGCGCAGUGCAGAAGACAAAAAGGUGCCAACUUAGUGGAACGAUGAAAUCCCACUCGAACGGUACGCUAGAGGCACAGCGUCCUUCAAGCCGGAUAUUCGUCUUAUCAGGCACCAACGAAGCGUCCGCCAAUGAUUACAUCAAACGGCUUACUGCAUUCCUUGAAAACAACCAGAACAAUGAGCGUGGCUUCGAGGAGGAUCUGGCGUACACUCUAAGUGAAAGGCGGACCAAGUUUCCAUGGAAGGCCGUCAUUCCGGCAAAGUCCGUUUAUGACUUGCUGCAAUCCCUCAAAGGAGAUAGUCUCACGUUGUCAAAAAGCAUUACCGGCAACCCGCUGCUAGGAUUUGUCUUCACGGGACAAGGCGCCCAAUGGUACGCUAUGGGCCGCGAGCUGAUGUCGGAUGACCCGGUUGUUAAUGCAAUCAUUGUACGAGCCGGUGCACAUAUAAGGACUUUGGGUGCAAAAUGGGAUCUGAAAGGUGAACUAGAAAGAUCUGCCGAGGAUACCCGAGUCGACCAGUCCCUUUUCAGCCAGCCCUUAUGUACGGCCAUCCAAAUUGCUCUGGUUGAGUUGUUAGCCUCUUGGAACAUCGCUCCUGCAUCGGUGACCGGACAUUCGAGUGGAGAGAUCGCCGCUGCCUAUGCGGUUGGUGUGCUCAGCCUCGAAGAUGCGAUGACAGUAGCGUAUUAUCGCGGGCUCGUGUCAGAUAAAAUAAGCCAUGAAGGCACGCUUCGUGGGGGUAUGAUGGCCGUUGGUCUUUCGAAAGAACAGGUACUUCCGUAUCUCAGAACCCUCCAGAGGGGCCGAGUGGUGGUGGCAUGCAUCAACAGUCCGUCCAGCAUCACCGUAUCGGGUGACACCUCAGCACUUGAGGAGCUCCAACAUAUCCUUGGUGAUGAAAGGAUCUUUGCUCGACGGCUAAAAGUGGGAGUGGCGUACCAUUCCCAUCAUAUGGCUCUCGUGGGCGAAGAGUACCGCCAACUAAUCUCCUGCAUCCAACUCCACCAUUCCAUCACCGAGCAGAAAAAGGUACAAUUCUUCUCUUCAGUGAGCGGCACGGCUGUCAAUCCAGCAACGCUCGGUCCUGACUAUUGGGUAUCUAACUUGCUGGGCGAGGUCAAGUUCGCUCUGUCCCUCCACAGUCUCUGUCUAGAGACAGUUGCUCCGAACAGCAAGAAAAGCCGCAAACGCUCCUUAAAAUCGGGAGUCCACGUCCUAGUUGAGAUUGGGCCACAUCCUGCCCUUGCUGGUCCGGUGAGGCAGAUUCUACAGAACGACCCGAAACUCCGGCGAAGCGGAAUCGAGUACUGCUCAGCCCUAGCGCGGAAGAAGGACGCAGUGACAACCUGCCAGGAGCUUGCAUCGAAACUGGUUCUGUCUGGCUACCAGGUGAAUUUACGUGCGGUGAACAAGGUUGACAACAAUGGAAGGAAGCCCAAGGUGGUAACCGACCUACCCUCCUACGCAUGGGACCAUUCCAGAUCGUAUUGGGCCGAGCCACGCAUCAGCAGAGCCUGGCGCACUCAGCCUCACCCUCGACAUGACCUCCUCGGCUUGCCUGACCGUACCUCCAACCCUCUGGAGCCGCGGUGGCGGAAUAUUCUGCGCGCCUCUGAACUCCCAUGGGUCAAAGACCAUAAAGUUCUCUCCAACAUUAUCUUCCCAGCAGCUGGGUAUCUUGCCAUGGGGGUUGAGAUUAUGCGGAUUCAGGCUCAAGCAAGGUCUAUCCAACCCAUUGGAUACUGCUUGCGUGAGGUAACCAUCGACCAGGCGCUAGUGUUUCCGGAUGCAUCCGAGGAAGUCGAAGUGAUCAUCUCCCUGAAGCCCUACAUUGAAAGUGUUCGAUCCCCAUCUGAUAUUUGGAACGAAUUUUCUAUAUAUUCGGUUACAGAGCAAGACCGCUGGACGGAACAUUGUCGAGGGUUGGUUUCUGCCCGUGAAGCCGCAACAGUCCCGAAUGAAGUGACUGGAGAUUUGCAUCCCGACAGGUUAGCAUAUGAGGAACGCUGCUCGAACUUCAAAAGCUGCUGUCUUCGCUCCAUAGACAUUGAGCAACUCUACAAGCAUCUGAGAAUCUUGGGACUCGAUUAUGGUCCCACUUUUGCAAACCUCAUGGCUGUCUCCGUUGGCUCUAGCCAAGCUCAAAGCUCAUUUAAAAUACCCGAUACCAGAUCUACCAUGCCAAACGAGUUUGAGACUCCCUUGCUGGUUCAUCCAGCCACUAUCGACACGGUUUUCCAGAGUCUAUUUCCAUCAAUGGAAGCUGCCAUGGGCACUACACUGGAGAAUCCUCUCCUCCCAGUCUUCGUGGAGGACGUCUUUAUCUCUGCCUACAUUACCAAUUGUCCCGGGCAGGAGCUAUGUGUGCUCACCGAGACUCAGCGCAAGGACUUUAGACAAAGCAUGGCAACAAUCACCGUUGCGGAGAGUGGACAAUCGAACAAUAGCCAUCAGCCAGUGCUCACCAUAAAUAACUUGACAUGCACAUCAAUGCAAAGCGAUAACGAGCAUUAUGAGACCAUUGAAGCAAGGAAGCCUGUCUACAAAACCCAUUGGAGUCCCGAUGUGGACUUCUUUACUCCUGCGGACAUUGACAAAUUAUGCCAGGACAUCCAACUGGGGGAAUCGGAGGCCGACAACAUUUCCGCUCUCGAACAGGCAGGAAUCUACUACUUUGAAAUGACGCUCGCAGAAAUAAAUCCAGCAGAGGUGUCAAGUAUGCGGCCAUACCACCAGCUUUUAUGGGCCUGUAUGCAGAGCUUCGUUCACGCAUCCAAGCAGAACACUCUUCAUCUACCCACCCAUGGGUGGCACGAACUGGGAGCAGAAGACAGACAGCUUUUCCUUAGUCAGGUUGAAUCUACCGGAGGCGAAGCGCGAAUGCUCUGCAACGUCGGCAAGAACUUGUCUCGUAUCCUCAGACAGGAGGUUGAACCGCUGCAGCUGAUGGUUGAGGAAGACCGCCUGGAGGACUACUACAGAGAUAAUACCCGCUUUGAUCGCAACUAUCGGCAGGUAGCACGCUACUUGGAAGCCCUGGCCCAUAAGAACCCAGCCAUGAGCAUCCUGGAAGUGGGCGCUGGAACUGGCGGGGCUACCUUGCCUCUCCUUCAAGCCCUAGAUCGGGCGACCCACCAGGCGCCCUGUUGCUCCAGGUACCACUUCACCGACAUCAGCAGUGGCUUCUUUGAUGCUGCAAGAGAAAGGCUGGAUGCCUGGAGCGGCUUUUUGGACUUUAGUAAGCUGGAUAUUGAACACGAUCCUGCCCUGCAAGGAUAUGAACCGCAUUCAUACGAUCUCGUGAUUGCAGCCAACGUGUUGCAUGCCACAAGGUCAAUGCAAGCCACCAUGGCCAAUGUCCGAAAGCUUCUUAAGCCUACAGGGAAAUUGGUCCUGAUCGAAUUGACCCGCGAACGGUUAACCACGUCCGCUAUUUUUGGGACCCUGCCGGGUUGGUGGGCUGGUGCCGACGAGGGCAGAACACAAGGCCCAACGCAGACGGAAGAGAAGUGGGAUACCUUGUUGCGGGAGACGGGGUUUUCCGGGCUGGAUGCCGUUACCUGGGACUCGACCACUGAAGGCGUUCAUCAAGGAUCUAUGAUGGUGUCGACCGCGACCGUGCCUCAACAAGUCAGACAGGAAAUCCCGGGUAUCCUGAUCUUGGUACAAUCGUCGGCAAAGUAUAUCUCACUGGACAUGCUCCGAGAGGGUUUCUCUUCAAUCACUCACGAGGUAGAAUUCUCCACGGUAGGGUCGGAGGAUCCGCGUGGCAAGAUAUGCGUCGUCCUGGACGAGGUUUCCCAUCCAUUUCUCAGCCAGCCCACACCGAAGCAGUUCGAGGGAGUCAAGCGCAUAGCCACAACCGCUGCUGGGGUCUUAUGGGUAACUCGGGGGGGAAACUAUUCAGUCACCACUCCUGCGGCAAACUUCAUCACUGGCUUUGCUCGGACCAUCCGAUCAGAAUACGGUGGCAAUCCAGUUGGUGUCCUCGAUCUAGACGGCACCAAUUCCUUGGAUGCAUCUGCUGCGGCGAACACGGUUGUUAAGAUCUUCAGGAGACUGUUUCUGGAUCAUCAAGGAGCUGCGGCGACUCAAGAUCUGGAGAUGGUCGAGCACGGUGGACAAAUCAUGAUUCCGAGGCUGAUUGAGGAUACGCAGGCAACAGAGAGACUAAAUAGUGAUCUCACAGGCUCUAGUUCAGAGCUCCAGCCGUUCAACAGUCCCGGCCGCGCGCUGAUGAUGGAAGUUGGCGUCCCCGGCCUGCUGGACUCGGUCCAUUUCAUUGAUGAUCUCCGGGUUCAGCGUGCGCUACCGCCGGACGAGGUGCAGGUCACGGUGCACGCUGCUGGACUUAACUUCAAGGACGUCAUGAUGGCCAUGGGACAGAUCCAUUACGAGACAUUGGGACUGGAGUUCAGCGGCACCGUCACGGCGGUAGGCUCACAGGUCCAGAAAAUUGUAGUGGGCGAUCGUGUCUGUGGUUGCUCUUUCGGAACUUUUGCCAAUACUAUCCGCGGAAAAGCAUCCAGCAUACAGAAACUACCGGAUGAUAUGCCCUUUGAGGUGGCUGCAUCCUUGCCAAUUGUCUUCUGCACAGCAUAUUUUGCUGUGUAUAAGAUAGCCAUGGUGGUAAAGCAUGAUACGGUUUUGAUUCAUGCAGCAUCCGGAGGGUUGGGCCAAGCUCUCAUCGAACUGUGUCAGGGAAUUGGGGCUGAGAUCUUUGCUACUGUGGGCAACAAGGAGAAGAAGGAGUUCCUCAUGUCACACUUUGGGAUCCCAGAGGAUCAUAUAUUCUUCAGCCGCAAUGAUAGCUUUGCGAAGAAUGUAAUGCGGAUGACUCACGGCAAAGGGGUCGAUGUUAUCAUGAAUUCCCUGGCAGGUGAUAUGCUACGACUGUCCUGGGAAUGCAUCGCACCAUUUGGAAGAUUCAUUGAGCUCGGUGCCAGAGAUUACACCAUCAACUCCCGGCUAGAGAUGGCGAAGUUUGCACGUAAUGUCUCCUUUUCCGCGGUUAACUUGGUCUCCUUGAUUUGUGACAGGCCGAAGUCCGCAGAUGCAGUGUGGGAAGCGGUAAUGAAUCUGUUCCGCCAAAAGAGUAUACGACCACCAUCUCCCAUUGUUCCGUUCGGCAUAUCUGAGGUUGAAGCGGCGCUGCGUACGAUGCAGACUGGAAAACACAUGGGUAAGCUCGUAAUUGUUCCUCGGCCAGGAGAACGAGUUAAGGCUGUCGCUAGACCAAAGAGCGCUGCACUGUUCCGAUCCGACGCAUCGUACGUGUUAGUAGGAGCAUUGGGUGGUCUCGGUCGAGCUAUCGCCUUGAGGAUGGUUGACUCCGGUGCCCGGAAUUUGAUCAUUCUCUCUCGUAGCGGACACCGGUCCCCCAAAGCUCAGGAGACAGUCGCUCUUUUGGAAGGAAAGGGAGCCACGGUCAUGAUUUUUGCGUGUGACAUCAGUGUAGCCUCCCAGGUGACAAAGGUGCUUCAGUCUGCCGCCAACAUGCCGCCCAUUCGAGGCUUGAUCCAGGGCGCCAUGGUAUUGCAGGAUUCGCUGCUGGAGAAUUUGGACCUACCGAGCUUUAGCGCAGUAACUGAGCCUAAGGUUCAAGGGACGUGGAAUCUCCAUGAGCUACUUCCCAAGAACCUAGACUUCUUCCUUCUGCUGUCUUCAACUAGUGGGGUGAUUGGUAACGCGAGCCAAGCACCAUAUGCUGCGUCAUCCACAUUUCUGGACGCCUUCGCGCACUACCGGCGCCGCCUAGGGCUGGCUGCAAGCACAGUGGACCUCGGCGUUGUUCUCGGGAUUGGCUAUGUUGCGGAAAAUACGGAGCUGUCACAAAGCCUGGAGCGACAAGGCUUUGAAGGAACAACUGAGAAAGAACUUCUAGCCUUAAUCACCACUGCCAUUGGCAACAACAACAACAACAACGACAAUGACGACAACGACGAUGUCAGCUGUCAGUUUGUUACCGGCCUGGGUACAUGGGAUGAAAACUCCCCACUAGUCUUUCAAGAACCCAGGUUCUCCCAUUUCCGGCAAAUGGCCCGGAAGUCUAUCGAAUUUACUGCUCAAGCCCCGAAUGUCUCUAUCCGAUUGCGCGACAGGCUGCGGCAGGUCAAGACGACCGACGAGGCAAUACAGCAAGUCGCCAAUGGAAUCGUCUCCAAGGUAUCGUCUCUCUCCAUGAUACCAGAACAAGAGAUACAACUCUUCCGGCCGUUGUCUGACUAUGGAAUCGACUCCCUGGUUGCUGUAGAGAUGAGAAACUGGGUCUUCAAGGAAUUCGAAGCCCAAGUCACAAUUUUAGAGCUGCUGGCGAAUGAGCCUCUGCAGUCAUUCUCGAAGAAGGUCUGCACCAAGUCAAGAGUGUUCGAUUUUGACGCCUUAGUCGUCUGA